GCCACAUCUAACCGCACCCAUUUGACCUCCGCCCUUUUUGAUCAAGAUUCUAGAUUAGGUAGCGGAUGUUGGGCAUUAAUUUUGCCUCACGCUCCCAUUUUAGUGAGAAGUUGUCACUUAUCCCAACACUCUUCAUAUUACACUACAUCGGACCCCUUUCCCGUCCGUAUGCCUUCAUCCUCGCCCCCAAUAGCAGACCCCACGUGGGGUGGACAAGAACACAAAUGCCACCUACUCAUGUUCUCGGCCUGUUCCGAUUUUGGUCUGGCCCGGAAUCCAAGGGACAAGAUCAUCGAAUCGAGGCAGCACAACGAGCCGAACUGUUUUGACAAGUGGUGUUUGUGUUCAUUAUUCUCGGGGCCUUCAGCUACUCUGUUUCCGGCCCGAGACUAUUUUACACCCGAAUGCCAUAUUCAAAAUCCUCACGACUUCAUGCUCCACGAAUUCUGAGACAAAAAGCAAUCAAUCUAAUCUAUUUUUUACUGCCUUGGGUGUGCACGUCUGACAAGUACAUAAUUAAGCCUCAGUAUACCUUGCACCGCCCUGAGCGCCCUCUUCCGUUUGUACCUCUACCGCAUAUCCGCCAAUAUCCGAGACUAAACUAAUGCCGACAUGGGAUUUACUAUUGGAUUUUGCAAAUGCUGUUCAAAAAAUUGGUGUGAGAUUGAACAGACAUGGGGAAAUAAAAUUCUCAUGUCGUGAUCCUCGGUAGCGACAAUUACACUCAAACAAGCUUCAUUUGUCCUGUAGGAUCAAUUGCCGGAGUCGUCAAUGAUACUAUGUUUAUUUCCAGAUUUCACCGCCCUUCUUAAUGAUAUCAUUAUAGGGCGGUGAUCUUGAGGGCGGGUAGUAUUCGCCCUUUUUCAGAGCCUUUGAGCGUUGUGUACUCGAGUCGGGUAUAGAAAGGGGCCCUUUGGCGUGUUCCUCGUGUAAUCCGAGGAGCUUUUGGAAUUUGGAAAGCACACCCGUUGAAUUGAUAGUGGAUCACCAGCUACGUAUAUCGCAACAAGAGGAGCUUCAUUCUUUGUUUUUUCUCGCCCUUUAUAGUAAUCACAUCUUUACAUGCAUCCUUGACCCUCAAAGCUCGGAGACUUUAAUCUCCAUACUUGGAAACGUUUCACAUCCCCUACUCUAUAUGCAGCAUUACAGUGGCAGACAUACGUCUAAGUUUCUGUGUAUCAUUUAUAUGCAUUCAUUGACCACGCCAAACUUGAGAAUUCACCACUAUUUAACUGCUCUUUCCUUCCUUCUUCAUUAUUACUUCACUCUCCAGCCUUCUCAAAGCCUCAGCACCAGCUCUGCUUGAUUCAAUCACAACUCAGACUAUCAAUCUGACUAUAGACAGUCUAAAAGACAUCUCCUUAGCAAUGUGCACCUCAAGUCAGAACUCCUCUUCUUCCUCGAGAUCUUCCAAACAAUAUCUCUCCACACCAUCAGCAUCCUCAAAGUCAAAUGCGACGUCCUCUUCAACCUCCCAGAAGGCUCAAAAUGGCUCAAGCGCCUCACGCUCUUCAUCUUCAUCUGUAGUUUCAUCCUCAUCGCGAUCAUCUCAAAAGGGUUCGGCAGAGCAGAAGCAUCAACUUGAAGCAAUCAAGCGAUAUGAGAGCGAACCCAGAGAUUACAAGUCUUGGGUCGUGGAGGAAUACGACGCACAUCAGCAACAAGCGAGAGACGAGCAUUGGAACGAAGUAGAAAGAGAUUUCCAAGGUGUUGAGUGGGCCAAUUAAAGAUGUCUAGGCGUGACGGGACUGAUGGAGUUAUGGUCUUCUUUCUGAAAGGUGGUGUUUUACUGGGAUACAAGAAGUUAUGAUGUGGCGUGAAAAGGAGUCUGAAGGAAUGGGCACCGUGAACCGGACUCGAGAUGGGUUAUGCAAUGAUGGGUUUUAUGAUCACGAUUUUCUAAGGAUAACUCGGGUUGGGAUUAGGAUUGUUUGUGUCAAAUGGGACUUGGUAGGGGAUGAAAAAGGCAAGGAGAGAGAGAUGUGUAUACAGUUUAUUAUAUAAAUACACGAUCCGCUCCUAGGCUAGUCAGAUAGAGAACGAAAUGGCUCAAGGCCGCGAGGUAUCAUACACGCAAGGGAAUUUUAUCAUUAUAAAUUCAUUUCAUUACCA